AGAUAAAUGAGUGUGUGUGCAAGUUCCUGUCUGCAGUUUCCUCCUGUCACACUCUAAAUCUGACACUUAUCCUUAAAAAUCUCAAAGUACUGCUCAAGUAAGCAAAAACAGAUACAAUUCAAGACUUGAGAGGCUUUUAAGACAAACAGAUUAGCAGAAAAAUCUCUACAAUGGUUUGUGAUUUCUUCAUCAAACUAACAGGGUUGGUUUUAAUCGUCACGGCUCACACGGUUUUGAAUGACUCGAGCCACACAGAAGUUGUUGGGAUGCUUGACAAGGAUGUGACUCUUCAGUUUAAAUUUAACAAACGCAAAUGUAACAUCACAACGAACAGCAAAUUUGGAGUUUAUACAACAGGGGAAAAAAAGAUCUCAGAAUAUCCACACUCCAAAUGCUUUAGAAUUAACCCUGGAAAUAAUACUGUUUCAUACCAUAUCACAAACCUGAGUAUGAAUCAUAGCAACAUUUAUUGGAUUUCUUCGUUUGAUGACCUCCUGUCUCGAAAUUGCAGCAACAGGGUGAAACUGAUUAUUAAGGAGAACAAUAACACCUCAGUUCCUCCGGUAACGACAGACCACAAAGAACCUCCAAGCAGUGGAAGUUCCAGUUUCUUUUCCUCUCAUGUCGUCAUGCUCCUCGUGGUUACGCCAGUGGCCCUGUUUGCUGCUGUGCUGCCAUUCUCCAUCUGCUGUCUCUUGAGAACCAGAGACCAGGGGGACGACGAACCUCAAAGACUUUCAAAUCCUACCAUGCAGGAAGUGAUAGAAGAUUAUUCAUCUCUGCCUGGACCUUCUGUGAUCUACAGCGUCCUGGACUUCCCUAAGAGACCUCCUACAGUGGUGGAGUUUGAUCCCAAUGACACAGAGUACGCUCACGUCAGCUACCCCCCAGACCAAAGACAAGACUCUCACAGACCUAAAAGCAAACCUGACUCGACUUGGUGUCAUAUGUGAUUGCUGGAUUCCUUGUGAAGUUGAUGAAAAUAUUUAUUUUUGAUUAUUUCAGGGUGAAGUUGGGUUGUAGUUUAUUGUUGCACAAAGAUAUUGUUCUAGGCAGGUAUGUCACUUUUGUGUAAAGCUGUUAGAACACAGAAAUUCGAAAGUUUCAAUCAAAUAACAGACUGCAUGGGCAAAAGGACAAUCAAUAUCUGCUUUUUGCUUUUCUUUUCUUUUCUAACCCUGUAACAUUUUCUGUUAUUUUAGAAAAGUUUCCGACGUGUCCAUACUAUCGUUUUGUGAUUUAAAUAAUCCAGCACAGGAAUGACUAAGCCUUUCAGUAAGACUUGGCAGGAUUAGAUUCAGGAAAUUUGGUUCAUUGGACAGCAACUUUAUCAGAAAUUAACACGAAACUAUUAAUGAGCAUGUCACAUGGAAAAACUACAGGGAGUCAGGCAGAUUUGUUACUUUAUGGAUUUUAAAAACUUAACGGGUUUUCAUUGCAGCUUACUCUAAUUUAGAAAAAACAAAUACACGUUUAGUUAUUUUUCUUUUUCUAGAUCAGAGAGGAAGAUGAGCAGACCUGUUAAAAGAGACAUGUGCGUGCUAAAAACAUUGCUAUUACAUUGACUGUUUAUAAUAAACAUAAACUUUAUGUUUGUAUAGAAAUUGCUAUUCUUUUCAGUUGGAAUCUUACGAUCAGAAGAGGAGUUACUUUUUUCCUUUUGUUAUCAGCAAAACAUCUUUGUUGGUUAUUCGCCUUAUAGUUUGGCCAGGGGUGCAACUUAUGCUCAGGAGUGACUUAUAUAUGAGUUUUUUGUUCUUUACCAUGCAUUUUAUGGUUGCUGCGACUUAUGGCUGAAGAAUAGGGUAUUCUUUUUUAAAGCAUGUUAAAAUCAGGCAGAAACAGUGGAUACAGUAACUGAUGUGAAGGUUUUUGUGCUCCCUUACAACAACAAAAUACAUCACAAAGCUGGAUUUGCCAGGCAGCUACUUUUAAAAUCAAGAAGUGUUUUGACUGACCUGUAGACUAACGAGACAAACUGUUAUAGAGAAAAAAAAUCCUGUCUAUUUAAAAAAAAAAUGAUUGGACCUUUAAAUAGACUGAUUCCAUGAGAGCAAAUGAAAUGAAAUUAGACGAGAGUCGAACGUUGAUUAAGGUGACAUAUAGGUAAUCAGUUAUUUUGUUAAAGUAAUUAAUUUUUAGUGCAUAACUGAAAGGUCGAGCAUGCUCCAUUAAAGAGUGUUUGGAUCUUUGGUUUUCAGACUUUCUGUCUUCUGGUUCACCACCCAAACCGAUGCUCAGAGAAUUCACACAGUUUGAUUUGGGGAAUUAAAUGCUGAUGUUUUCUGAAUCUACACAAAAACACAGGAGAUUUACUCAAACACAAAAUAUCAAACACUAUAUCUCACUGUCAUUGUUUCUUACACGGUCAUGAAAGUUCUCCGUUUAAUGGUGCUCACCAAGAUCUUUGACAGACAUCUAAAAAAAAAAGAACCGGAAUCGAGUUCUCAUUUUAAUCAAUUGGGGUGUGAAGCAAUAUAUGAGAUAUAUGUGUGCAGCAAAGCAAUCAGGUCCAGGAAGUUGCUUGCUGCUCAAGAGGAUGAGCAGCCAACCAAGGAAGCUCGACUGGUGUGUGGUUUUUUCAUUGGCAUGCAACCAAACACCAACUCAAGACUUUUUUUUUUAAACCACUGUAAUUAAUUUGACAUGGACCUUCAUAUAUUGCUUUUUUCUGUCAGCUGUUAAUUUUAAUAAAACUGCUGACUAAAAAAGAAUUUCUCAGGGGUAUAAAAAAGGUGGCAGAUGUUAAAUGAGAAAAAUGUGUUUGUCAGAUUUUUAUUGUCUGUUUUCAUAUUAUUUUUCUGACUGUUAAAUAAAGCUGC